ACAUCGCCGGCUGAUCGUGUAAAGUCUAACAGAGUAAACGUUGAGUCGUGGGGUGGGAUUUGAACCCGCUCAGGUUGCCUCUGACCCCUCUCCUCCUCUGCGCGCUGUCCUAUCCGCUGUGCGCUCUGGGCACUGAACUCCGUCCCUCCCUCUUCGUCUCCUCCUCAACGCGCGGAGCUCGACGCACACAGGCACAACAGAUGGUAACAGUACUACAGGCUGCAGGAGCGCAAGAAUUUCAUGUACAACUACUUUUAUUUCGCUAAACUUUACAGGAACGUUUAGUAAAACAGGAGUAGGGGAGGGCGUUAUCCGAGGACAAACUCGACUUUGACAGUCACUGGAUCCUACAUUUAGAGGCUCGGAAUUUGGUGUCAAGGUCAGGAGUGGCCAUGCCAUUUGGCUGUUUAACAAUCGGGGAAAAGAAGGAUUAUAACAAUCCUUCAGACGUGACAGAUAAAUAUGACCUGGGUCAGAUUGUUAAAUCGGAGGAGUUCUGUGAGAUAUUCAGGGCCAAGGACAAAACUACAAUGAAAAUGUACACAUGUAAAAAAUUCCUGAAAAAGGAUGGAAGGAAAGUCCGUAAGGCUGCAAAAAAUGAGAUCCUCAUCUUAAAGAUGGUGAAGCAUCCCAAUAUUCUCCAACUGGUGGACGUCUUCGAGACCAAAAAAGAGUACUUCCUCUUCCUUGAACUUGCAACAGGCAGAGAGGUAUUUGACUGGAUCCUGGAUCAAGGUUACUACUCAGAGCGAGACACCAGCAAUGUGGUGCGCCAGGUGUUGGAGGCUGUCGCCUACCUCCACUCCCUGCAUAUUGUUCACAGAAACCUCAAGUUGGAGAACUUGGUUUAUUACAACCGCCUGAAGCACUCUAAAAUAGUCAUCAGCGACUUCCAUCUUGCCAAGCUGGAGAACGGACUAAUCAAAGACCCCUGUGGGACACCAGAGUAUCUGGCUCCAGAGGUGGUUGGCAGACAGCGAUAUGGCAGGCCAGUGGACUGCUGGGCAACAGGUGUCAUCAUGUACAUACUGCUGUCAGGCAACCCUCCUUUCUACGAUGAAACUGAUGACGAUGAUUAUGAAAACCAUGACAAGAACUUGUUCCGAAAGAUCCUGGCAGGCGAUUAUGAGUUUGACUCUCCGUACUGGGAUGACAUCUCUGAUUCAGCCAAGAGUCUGGUUGCUCGUCUAAUGGAGGUGGAUCAAGACCAGAGACUGACAGCACAGGAGGCUAUAAACCAUGAAUGGAUUUCUGGCGGUGCAGCUUCAGACAAGAACAUCAAGGAAAAUGUGUGUGCACAAAUAGAGAAGAACUUUGCCAGAGCUAAAUGGAAGAAAGCUGUGCGUGUGACCACCAUCAUGAAGAGACUGAGAGCUCCUGAGCAGAGCCCUGCAGCCGGUGCCCCAGCAGACACCGCGGCUCCCCAGGCUGCUGCCGACUCCUCCGCGCCUUCAUCUGCCGCGACACUUGAGGGAUUGCCCGCUGCCGUCACAGAGCUCCCCGCUGGAGCAGAAAUAAGCCAACCGGAGGCCGGAGCCGGGGUCGCAGCCGCGGCUGCAGAGCCACAGCAACCACAGGAGGCCGAACCCACAUCGCGUUGUAACGGAGAAGCUACAACUGCUCUCAAUGCAGCCAGCGAGGGCGGGGACGAGCAGGGUUAGACCCCAACCCUACCCCACAGCCCCUCCACCUCUCCCUGUGUGACCUCUGCAGUCCCCACCGACUCCUGCACACUGUACAUUAGCUGCUAGCAUGGUGACACUGACUCUGCUUCUUUCUCACUUGCAGCAUUAGUAUCAUCUCAUGGAGGCUGUGUGCUACCAUUCCUGAGUGCUCUUGCAUUGGCUUUCUUUUUACGUGUAUUGUGUCUUUUUUCACUGACCCUCCGGUGUUUUAUGUCAGAUUAUAUAAACCACAUCUGAGUUUUAGGGGCAAAAUCAGAUUUGCUGUCAAACUGCAGCUUACAGCUAAAGUCAUCUCUCUGAUUCAUCUCUAAAUGAUAAGAGAAUACAGGAAGACAUAAUUGUGCUAAAAAUGGCUUUGAUUCCUUUUUAAUGAGCCAGCCUGGGAAACUUCUCUCUGCCUGUUUUGCAAUUACACAAUUUGUUCUGAAAAAAAAAAAAAAAAUUGCUUCUAAAGUUUUGACAUUGUACCUUAAUACUCAGUAAGUGCUGGUCCUCACACAUGGAGAAAA